GCUGGCUAUUUAGUGUUUUCAAACACGGUGAGUGGUGGAUCCAUUUUAUGUCGCAAGUUAGUAGAUGUACUGCAGUGUAAUUUUUCUAUUGUGUGUGUUCAGCCAAGGCGGAAACGUCGGAAAAACGAAUAGCGUGGGUUGCAUUGUGAACAUCCAUUGUGAAAAUUGGCGCGGACUGACCAUCAACAAUUUGCUACAAGAAAAGCAUCAUUAACGUGAGGAAACCCAUAGUAUAUACAUAUUAAGUAGCAGUACAUGCCAGUAAAGUUUUUCGCAUCAAUCAACGACUAGAAUUGGAAGGGAUACUCUUAAGCUCUCAAAAUGCCGCCAGCACGCAAAAGAAGAAGACUAGAUGAUACAACUAGAAAGGAGGUUUCCGAUCUGAUGUCACAGAUGCUGCAAACAAUGGUACCAAACAUUGUAGAAAUGGUUACUCAGAAAUUAAAGGGAGAUAUGUCGCAUCUGCCUACAGAGCAAGGAUCUCCUACCAACGUAUGCAGCUUGGAUGUAAGCCAACCGCCCCCAGAUAACAAUGUUGUAGCAACAGUCCAUCAAGGAGAGCCUAGUCAACAGGGUACAAGCAGUGCAGCAACCCUGCCAAGUCAACCCUUGACAAACAGUACCCAAGGUAAUGUUUUAAAUGCAACAGGUCCAUUACACUCAGGUCGUCCCUUAGGACAAAGCAUUGACAAGAAAUUGAAAGCUAAAAUUUGGGCGGAAGAAUACAUCCAACUUGGUGCUCUCCUGUUCAAGAAUCCAUAUUCAAAAUUACAAGCAGUGCAAGGUGCAAACAAUGAAAUAACUUUUCAGCACAAAGAGAAAGUUUUAUUUGAAAUCUUUCACUCAGUGGAUAAUGCAUUCCACAUUUUUGUGUCAAUUUAUUGUGAGAAAUUUCCUAACCAGUCUUCCAACAUGAUGAAGUACAUGGCAAUUGUAAAGAAAUUAAACGCAGAUGUUGGGGAAAAGGCAGCUUUGUAUUAUGAUGAGCAAUUUCGACUGUGGAGAGCGGAUAGCCCAAGUCUUAUGCCCUGGCAGCUUAUCAACCAGGAACUUCAUUCUGAGGCGCUACAGAUUGGCUUAAAAACCAAAAUUCAGACUUGGGAGAAAUCAUCAAAAACUAACAGCUCCUAUACUCAGCAGUCAGGAAACAAACAGCAGCCCUUUCGUGCCAGAUCACAGGAAAAAGGUCCGUGCUUUAGUUUCAACAACAACGCAGGGAAGUGCCUCAGAACAAACUGUGACUUUCCCCAUAUUUGCCUUAGGUGCCAAGGACAACACCACAAAAGAAUCUGUACCCUCUCAAGUGAAAUCCAACCAAGCCCAGUUAGAUUCAUGCCAGCAAGCGGGAACAAAAUCAGUCAGACCGCAACAAAGGCUAAGAAAUAAAGAUCAUAAUGUGGUUACACCGAUAAAAGUUGAUGUGUUAAAUUUGUGGCUAGAGGGUUAUGAGGAGGAAAAACUACAGUACUUGUUGGAUGGGUUUAAGUUUGGGUUUCGCAUUCCAUUUAAUGGCAAUAGAACUUUUCGUUAUAGUGAAAAUCUCAAGUCAGCUCGUGAAAACUUAGAAAUUUUGCAGGAAAAAAAUCAAAAAGAAGUUGCCACAAAUAGGGUCGGGGGCCCUUUCCAUAUCAAUAAUAUUCCAUUUAAAGCAUUACAGAUUUCUCCACUGGGUCUGGUUCCUAAGCAGAGACCUGGGGAAUAUAGGGUAAUCCAUCACCUCUCAUUUCCUGAAGGGUCAUCAAUUAAUGAUGGAAUUGAUAGAGAACACUCAGAUGUAUCUUAUCAAACUGUUGAUGAUGCUGUUAAAUUGAUAAAACAAUUUGGAAAGGGAGCUUAUUUGUCUAAAACAGAUAUUGAACAUGGCUAUAAAAAUAUUCCUAUUCAUCCAUCUGACCAUGAACUAUUGGGGUUUGCCAUUGGAAAAGAUAUAUAUUUUGAUAAGACACUUCCUAUGGGAUUAAGUUUUGCAUGUAAUCUUUUUGAAAAAUUUUCAACAGCAUUGCAUUGGAUUGUAACCAACAAACUUAAGAUUCCUGGAUGUGUACAUAUGUUGAAAUUUUUUGUUGGUAGGACCACCUUCCUACUCUAUAUGUGAGAAACAAUUAUGCAUACUUCUUAACACUUUUGACAACAUCGGCAUUCCAAUGAAACAAGAUAAAACAGUAUUUCCAACAACCACCAUCACAUUUCUUGGAUUGGAAUUGGACACGGAUAACAUGAUUAUACGUCUCCCAGAAAAAAAACUUUCCAAGAUACGUAAGGAAAUUUUCAAUGCAAAGUGUCAGAAAAAGAUGACUCUACAAGAAAUUCAAUCAUUGAUUGGGCUAUUAAAUUUUGCCUGUGCAGUAGUUACACCAGGAAGAACAUUCCUCCGCCGGCUCAUUGAUUUGACCAAAGGAUUAGAAAAGCCUCACCAUAAGCGAAGAAUAACAAAAGAUGCAAGAGCGGAUUUAGAGGCAUGGUCAUUGUUUAUUGAACAUUUUAAUGGUUCAUCAUUUUUUUUUUUGGAUGAUAAGCUUCAAACAUCAGAAACACUGCAAUUGUAUACGGAUGCAAGUGGCUUAGGACAUGGAGGGGUGUUUGGAAAACAAUGGUUUUUCGGAGAAUGGACGACCGAAUGGACUGAACAUCAUAUAUCUGUAAAAGAACUUUUCCCAAUUGUUGUGGCUGUUCAUUUAUGCGGAAAUCAAAUGGCUAAUAAGAGAAUCUGUUUCUUUUCAGAUAAUAUGGCAGUUGUUUAUGUUAUUAAUAAACAAAGUGCAAAGGACCAGUCUAUUAUGAAUUUAUUGCGUCGUCUCAUUGUUCAGUGUUUGAAAUUCAACAUUCUAUUUUAUACUAAACAUGUGCCAGGUGUCAAAAACAUAUUAAGAGACAAAUUGUCUCGAUUGCAGAUUCAACAGUUCCGGGAACUGGCUCCACACAUGGACAAGUCUCCGUUGGAGAUCCCAUCAGAAAUAUACAAAAUCUGAAAGAGGUGUCGCAGUUCCUGUUGGACAAUGCCCUUACAGUUGGGACACGUAAUUCAUAUCAGAGAGAAAAAUUGGCUUAUGAGGAAUUCUUGGAAGUCCAUUUUCCUGGAACAGUAACAUUUCCAAUUGAUGUAGAACAUUUAGUGUUGUUUAUAUCAAAUUGUUAUCAAAAAGGUCUUGCACCUCAAACUGUUCGUACAUAUUUGUCUGCAUUAGCACAUUUUAGUAAGAUGGAAGGUCAUGUUGACCCUACUCAAAAUUUUGUGAUAAAACGAACAAUUCAGGGUUUUCAAAAUUUAAAGUCCACUACAGAUGUCAGAAUGCCUAUUACCCCUUCAAUUUUACAAAAGUUGGUAAACUCCCUUCAUUUUUGUACAUCUUCAUUUUAUGAGAAAUGUUUGUUUAAAGCAAUGUUUUUACUAGCUUUUCAUGCAUUUUUACGCAUUGGUGAAAUCACAAGCACAACAAAGUCCUCUACUGUCCUACCAUUAACAGCUAUACAAUUGGAAAAAUCUCCCAAUGCCAGACCUAAAGAAAUGAUAUUAACUCUAACAAACUUCAAGCAUCAUCAAGGCAAGCCACCUGUGACAUUUCAAAUAACCGCAGACACUGAAAAACCGGAAACUUGUGCAGUGCUAGCAAUGUUAGAUUAUUUGAAUGUAAGGGGUGAAGAAGAUGGGCCUCUUUUCAUGCUUAGUGAUCAAUCGCCUAUUACACGCCAUAUGUUCAAUGAACAAUUGAAAAUUUCUCUUACAUUCUUGGGUUAUGAUGCUAAAAUUUAUAAGGGUCAUUCAUUUAGAAUUGGUGCUGCAUAAUGGGCUAAA